GAGAGAUGCUCCUAUGAUGGGAGUUAUGUCGUCUCUGCCUCUUUGUCUCGCUGGUUAUCCCUCUUCUUUCUAACACCCUUUGCCAGUCGUAGCGGGUGGGGGCCAGUCGAUUCACUCCAGCCCGAGUCUUCCUCCGCUCGUGCACCCUGCUGGGAAACUGACAGCGGGGAAGCCCUUAAGUGGGAGCCUCGGGGUGGGAGGUGGUACAGAGGUGUUGGGCCGCUUUUAUCCUAGUCAGUUGAAAACGCCUGGCUUCUGAAAUGUGUUGCGACUCAAAGAAGACUAAAACUAGUUUACUGUAAUUGGGGGCCAUACAGCUAAUAGAACACAAAGCCCAAAACUAAAAGAGCCAAGAGAUUCCUUGAGAAGAGAGAACCAAAACUCAGUGAAAAUAUUAAAAAUGCCAUGCUGAUUAAAGGAGGAAAUGCAAAUGCAACAGUGACACAAGUACUUAGAGAUGUGUAUGCCCUGAAGAAACCGUAUGGCGUUCUGUAUAAAAAGAAAAAUAUUACAAGACCAUUUGAGGAUCAGACAUCACUGGAAUUCUUUUCAAAAAAGUCAGAUUGUUCCUUGUUCCUGUUUGGUUCCCAUAAUAAGAAGCGGCCAAAUAAUCUAGUAAUAGGUCGUAUGUAUGACUAUCAAGUGCUGGAUAUGAUUGAAUUAGGUAUUGAAAACUUUGUCUCUCUAAAAGACAUUAAGAACAGUAAAUGUCCAGAGGGAACGAAACCCAUGUUAAUAUUUGCUGGUGAUGAUUUUGAUGUAACAGAAGACUAUAGAAGACUAAAAAGUCUUCUUAUUGAUUUUUUCAGAGGACCCACAGUACCGAAUAUCCGCCUGGCUGGAUUAGAGUAUGUUCUGCACUUCACUGCACUGAGUGGGAAGAUUUACUUUCGAAGCUAUAAGUUGCUGUUGAAGAAGUCUGGUUGCAGAACACCGCGGAUUGAAUUGGAAGAGAUGGGACCCUCACUGGAUCUAGUUAUGAGGAGGACACACCUGGCAUCAGAUGACCUUUAUAAAUUAGCUAUGAAAAUGCCAAAAGCUCUCAAGCCAAAGAAGAAGAAAAAUAUCUCCCAUGAUACUUUUGGUACAACUUAUGGAAGGAUUCAUAUGCAGAAGCAAGACCUGAGCAAACUACAAACCAGGAAAAUGAAGGGAUUGAAGAAGCGACCUGCAGAAAGGAUAACAGAAAACCAGGAAAAAAAAGCAAAGAGAAUUAAAAAAAAUUGAUGGAGCUUAGCCAACAA